ACCCUCUACAGUGGUGUCCUCAUCAAACUGGUACUUUUCAGCGCAUCACUUGGAAUUGUUCCAAUAUCAUCAUACUUUCUCACCGACAAAUAUUUGUGGAAUGGCAACUCGACCUACUCUGCAAUCACGGCCAUUGUAGCUGCAAAUAUCGUGCUUGUGGCUUACAUUGUGCUGUCGCUAUUGGAGGACAAGCAAGAACGAGAAGGAGCAAAGGUCUCGGAGAAAGCUGGCGAGUCAAGAAAGGAACGAUAG